AUGAGAACCACUAAAGCUCUCAAGACAACCACCGAAUUUUUCGACGAGGACUAUUUUAUUUAUGGACACAGAAAUGACUACCACGAAGAUUUUUUCUUCGAAGGGUUCAAAGAUUAUAAUUUCAGAAGUAAUGUUGCCGACACUAUCAUGUUAUUUGAACAAAUUUAUGAUGUGGCAGCUUAUGUGAACCUUUUUAUCAACUUGCCGCAUCUUAUUAUUCUACUACAAAAGGAGCUAAGAACCAACUUAGUUUAUAUCAUCAUGUUUGGCGUAUGUAUAUGCGAUUUGAUUCAUUCAAUUGGAAGAAUUGCUGCACUUUCGAUGACCUGGAAUAUUUUCUAUACUUAUGAAAACUGCCCCACUGGACUUCCAUACUUUCAUGUUGUGACAAGCAUUUUAUCGAAAACUUUGCAAGUGACUACUAGACGCUGCUCCGCGUUUCUUGCUCUGUUCAUCGCUGCUUUCCGUUCAUUCUCAGUAAUUUUUCCUAUGAGCAACGCGGUUAACUUUUUGAUGAAAGCAAAAUCAGCCUAUCUCAUUGUCUUGUUCUUCGGCCUUAUAAGCAGUGCGUGGGGUUAUGUUUACUUUUUUCUCUCUAAUAUUGAUAAUGAAGGAGAAUGCAAAGGAGGCGUGAGACCAGUAUACGCAACGUAUAGAUUCCGCACUGGAGAAAAAUGGGAGGUUAAGUAUCGGUUUGCGAACGGAGUGAUUUCGGUGGUUAUCGGUUUCUUAUACAUUUUUGUGACUGCAGCUCUUGUGGUUGCACUGAUUGCUGCUAACAAGCGGAGAAAAAACUUGAAAAACGAUAAACCCUCCAACACUUCCAUGAUGGUUAUUGUGAUGGCUUUUUCACUUUUUUGUUCUGAAUGUGCCUAUGGGGGUAUUUUUAUUGCGAGCCUUCUUGUUUUCAAUGACUACGCUGAACAAAGUUAUCUCGAAGACACUGAAGUUCUUGCAUUAACAUUUUCCAUGGUGAAUUCUGCCACCCAUUGCCUCAUAUGCUUUCUCAUGUCUUCACAGUAUAGGGACACUGUGAAACGAGUACUUCAUAUAGGAGUUAAGGAAAAGGAAGUGAAAGUGAAGAAUUGGUAUUCUCACAAUGCUGGUUAUGUCUUCUACAGUACCAGUCGCCCAUUUGGUAUGAGUCAGGACGCUGUAACCUUAUGUUUGUGCUUUUACACGGGAGUCUACGCAUCCACCAUCUCCAUGCUAUCGGUCCAAUUUUUGUACCGAUACUGGGCGAUUUUUGAUAAAACGAAACUCCGCUUUUUCGAAGGAUGGAAGUUUAUGAUCUCUGUUGGAUAUUCGGUGUUCUUGGGUGUUUUUUGGGCUCUGGGAUUUUUGUGUUUUGAUGAAAUAGUCGAUUACUCAAAAGGUUAUUUUCACUCUGAUAUGCUUCAAAAAUUCAAUCUCGACAUUUCUGAGGUUUCGGGUGUAGCUGUUGUUGCCUACGACGCUACCGGUUCUAUCCGAUGGUUUAAUAUCUCGUCGACAACUAACAUGACAUGUAUCAUGGCUAUCCAGUAUACUGUAAUCAUCUAUUGUGCUAUUUUUAUGUAUAUUGGCAUGGAGGAAAAGCUUCAAAUGCUCUCAAUUUCAUUGAGAAACCUUUACAAGCAGUUUUUCAAGACUCUCAUUCUCCAGAUUGUGACCCCCACUAUAACUCUGUUUUCUCCAGUUUUUUUUACAAUUUACCUUCCACUUCUGGAUAUAGAGUGUGAUCUACGAACUGGAAUCACGCUCUGCGCCGUCGCACUGUAUCCAGCUAUGGAUGCUAUCAUUGUUAUGUAUAUCGUCUCAGACUAUAAAAAAGCUGCAAAAAAACUCACCAUUCAGUUUUUGGAUAAAUGUCAAAAGUUAUUGGGUAUGCUGAAAACAGAACCAAGUACAAAUCAGAGAGCAUCGACGAAUUUGAAUUACCCAAACAUUGUGAACUAA